AUGGCUGAGCAGCAACAGGAGGAGGAGAACCUCUUUCCUAUUGCGAUUCUCAUUGAUGAGUUGAAAAAUGAGGACGUGUCUACCCGCCUGGCCAGUUUUAAGAAGCUCUCAACUAUCGCUUUGGCUUUGGAGCCUGAGCGCACCCGCAAUGAAUUCAUUCCUUUUCUGACGGAUUCCAUCUAUGACGAGGAUGAAAUCCUCUGCGAACUCGCAGACCAAUUAGGGAAAUUUGUUCCGCUGGUCGGUGGACCCGAGUACGUUCCUUGCCUCUUGCCUCCGCUUGAGGGCCUAGCUUCAACAGAAGAAACUGUUGUUAGACAAAAGGCCGUGGACACUCUUCGCAGCCUUGCUGGAAGCUUUUCUGCACAGGUAGUCUGCUUAAUUUUUUGGCUCUUGGUUGGCUUUAAAAGCCUGCUCCAUUUUUACUUUUUUGUGCUUUUGGGCAUUUUCGAUAUUUACCCCAUCUGUUGUUGUUUCGAAUAUCAUCGAGUAGUUGGAUAUGACCUCUUUUCAGAGUACCUCAGCUAUUUUUUGUUAAUGAUUACUGGAACCAUAGCCUUUUUUGGGUAUUCGGGCUUAGUUUAUUAUUAUAUCAGGUCCGUCGACGCUACUAAUUACGGUAUCAUCCUUUCAUCUACCUGGACUCUUCAGCAACUAGGUUCCUAG